AUGAUUCAGUCAGCCCUCACUGAUGUUGUGACACUCUUGAGUGCUGCCAUUGAUGCACUUGAGACUAUGAUAGCGGUGUGUGAGUGUGACCAAGGGUCCACCAAGGAGGUGACGGCUCUAAAGGCCGCCAUUGCUGCACUAAGGAGAUAUGUGGACCAGCUGAAGUCCACCGAUAUGUACAUGAUUUUUGGGAUGGUGGAGAUCCCAGAUGUGCCAGUUGAGCCAGAUAUGCCUUCGGCUACCCCCGGAGAUGAUGUUCGCACUGAGGAUAUAGUUGACCCCGAGUUUGAGGCUGAGACAGAGGAGAAGAUGCUCGAGGUUGCUAAAGAGGCUUCUUACGAGGGCCUUACAGAUACUGAGGAGGCCAUGAUCGAUGCAUUUGUGUAG